CGGCUCCUCUCACCUGCACAUGAUCCGCCAUUUUGCUCCAUUCAUGCUCCUCUCCGGCCCCCCCUCCCCCCCAGCGCGCACCUCGGCCGGGGCCGCUGCCGCCGCCGCCGCCGACGCCGUCGCCGCUGCGCCUGCGCGCUGGGGGCUCGUCGCGCUACGCUCGUGGCGUAGCGCCUCUCGGUUGCGCAGGCCCAGGCAGCCCGGGCCGUGGUUGGAGAAUGCGCAGCACCGCUGGGACGGCGUAAAGGCACGGGCAACGUCAGCGGCCCGGAGACGCCGGACAACAGCAACCGGAGAACUUCUCCAGCUUCCAUAGGCAAGGGAUGACUUGGGGUGUCUGGAUUGCCUGAGGUUCCAGCCUCUGGAUUGAAAUAGCUUUCAAGUAAUCUGACGGAGUUUUACUGUCGCCAGGCUGGAGUAGCACCAUCCCAGCUCAUUGCAACCUCUGCCUCCCGGGUCCAAGCAGUCUUUUGCCUCAGCCUCCUGAGUAGCUGGGACAACUAGCAUGCACCACCACACCCAGCUAAUUUUUGUAUUUUUAGUAGAUGUGAGGCUUCACCAUGUUGGCCAGGAUGUUCUCAAUCUCUUGACCUCAUGAUCUGCCUGCCUCGGUCUCCCAAAGUGCUGGGAUUACAGGUGUGAGUCACCACAUCCAGGCCAGAAUCUGGACUUUAUUUAUUUAUUUAUUUUUGAGACGAAGUUUCGCUCUUGUUACCCAGGCUGGAGUGCAAUGGCACGAUCUUGGCUCACCACAACCUCUACCUCCUGGGUUCAAGCAAUUCUCCUGCCUCAGCCUCCCGAGUAGCUGGGACUACAGGCGCGCGCCACCAUGCCCAGCUAAUUUUUGUAUUUUUUAGCAGAGACAGCGUUUCACCUUGUUGACCAGGAUGGUCUCGAUCUGUUGACCUCGUGAUCCACCCACCUCGGCCUCCCAAAGUGCUGGGACUAUAGGCGUGAGCCACUGCGCCCGGCCCUGGACUUUUAACAAGAUCUACGUGUUACAGUUUGGAAGGCACUGCUCUGGCAGCCCCCAGGGUGGCCCUAAAGCCCUCCUCUUCUCACUCCCUGAGCCAGAGACCAUGCAGCUCCCAGGCAGAGUUGAUUCUCCUUAGGGACUAAAGGGGAAGAUUAGGCCACAUCCCAUUUUCAUACAACUACCCACUUUCCAAGGUGUGCUUUUCCCAAAACAGCAUCCUUGGUUCUCCCUUGAGCUUUGGAUCAAACUCUUCCAACCCAGGCAGCAGGGUGGGGGGUGGUGAGCUUGAAGUGACUCAGCCCUGUCCUCGCAGAGCUCUUGACAUUCACCUUUUCAAGCUGAUUUGGUCUGCGGCAUGUACAGCAGGCCUGAGCUGUGCACGGUCCUCUCACUCCUUGCCAGGGUAACUGAACCCCUGUGGGAGAGGAAGUGGGCCUGUGUAUAUAAGCACCUGUUAUGGAAUGAACCCCAAGAGAAUGAACUGCUGGUCUGAGCCUCAGUUUUUUCCAGCAUUUCUGCACCGUGCCUCUAUGCAGAUUGCUUUCUAAACCCUCUGGCUUUAAGCUAAACUUCUCUGAGCAGCCUGGAUUUCCCUAAAGCAAUGGGUCUUCUUGCAUGGAUCUGCCUUCCAUUUAGGGGCCUGCGAAAUGCUGAAUCAGGAGCCCUGGUCUCUACUUCUUCCUCUGCUGCCUAGCUCUGACCUCAGGCAAGAUGCAAAUAAAUGUGUUCACACCUGCCCUGCCUUUGUCGAGGGGUAGAGUGGCUGAUGAAAGUGUGGGCCUGGAAACUGGGAGCUAUGAAGCAUUUUCGGCAACCAUGAGGCAUUUUCAAAAUAUAUAUGAAAGUGAUUGCUAUUGAAACUUAAGAUAAUUUGCAGAUGAAACCUAAGCAUCUUUCUAAUGCUCAAGAAUGCUGGAAAGAAGGCAAAAAUCCAGCAGUUGAGGUGUACUUGGGGAGUCAGUUCCUUCUCCAGAGGAGAUGAUCAUGUUUCUUGAAUCUUUGCAGGGUUGGUGUCAGUGUGUGUUCUUGGCAGGCAGGGAGUGCUCCCAUGUAGUUAAAUGGUGGCACCUCUCUCUCUCUGUGUGUGUGUGUGUGUGUGUGUGUGUGUAUGGGAAAGUGGUGUCUGGUUAGGCCCACAUGAGCUGUCUUAUGUGUCUCUCUGUGCCAUGUCGUGUGUGUGGUUCACCUGUUAGAGUUGAGAAGCCUGGUUUGGUGGCCUCAGAUAAGUUCCUCAGGCUUUCCCAGCCUCAGUUUCCUUAUAUGUAACUUAGUGGUUUGUCCCUUCCAACUUGCAUACAGCUUGAGGUGGGGCCCUUCUGCUGCUGGUUUCACUGUCUAAUUUGGUUUCUUGGUCUCUGUUCCAGCAGGCCAGCCCCUGUUUGCUGGUGCCUCCAUGUGCCAACUUCUGUACCUGAAUUGUUGCUCACUGAAGAGCUGGCACUUGCCUUUUUGUAAAUUGUCUGUAACUCACUGGAAAUGCAGGAAGCUUGUGUAUAAAACUCACUCAGAAAACACACACACACACACACACACACACACACACACACACAGAAGAAACCACAGGGCCUAUCAGCCUGUCGUCAUCAAGCAGACUAGAAUAGUGUAGAAAACUCUAGGCAGAGAGGAAAUGAACUUCAGAGAAGGGGAACACACAGCUGAGAAGACAGAGGAGAGGGCAGGAGUGAAGGAGAGAGCUGAAGCCAGGGGCUCCGAGAUGGUCAGAGGAUGGGAGACGGGGCAGUGAAGCAGGGCUUCCUGUAUCUUCAGCAGCAGCAGACGUUUGGAAAGAAAUGGCGCCGCUUCGGGGCUGCGCUGUAUGGAGAGUCGGACUGCGCCUUGGCCCGGCUGGAGCUGCAGGAGGGUCCGGAGAAGCCCCGUCGGGGUGAGGCUGCCCGGAAGGUUAUUCGCCUUAGUGACUGCCUGCGGGUGGCUGAGGCCGGCGGAGAGGCCAGCAGCCCCCGGGACACCAGUGCCUUCUUCCUGGAGACCAAGGAACGCCUGUACCUACUGGCGGCCCCCACUGCAGAGCGAGGCGACUGGGUGCAGGCCAUCUGCCUCCUGGCCUUCCCGGGGCAGAGGAAGGAGCUCUCGGGGCCAGAGGGAAAGCAGAGCCGGCCGUGCAUGGAGGAAAAUGAAUUGUACAGCUGCGCGGCCACAGUUGGCCCCCGCAAGGAAUUUGCUGUGACCAUGAGAUCUACAGAAGCCAGCGAGAGGUGCCACCUGCGGGGGUCCUAUACCCUCCGGGCGGGGGAGAGUGCUCUGGAGCUGUGGGGUGGGCCUGAACCAGGGACCCAGCUGUACAACUGGCCCUACAGGUUUCUGCGGCGCUUUGGGCGGGACAAGGUAACCUUUUCCUUUGAGGCAGGCCGGCGCUGCGCCUCUGGAGAGGGCAACUUUGAGUUUGAAACCCGGCAAGGCAAUGAUAUCUUCUUGGCCCUGGAAGAGGCCAUCUCUGCCCAGAAGAAUGCCACCCCCGCUGCACCCCAACCCCAGCCAGCCACAAUCCCCGCCUCACUGCCCCGGCCUGAGAGCCCCUACUCCCGGCCCCAUGACUCACUGCCGCUGCCUUCACCCACCGCACUAGUACCUGCUCCACGGCCUCUGGGCCCAGAGGGGGAGUAUGCCGUGCCCUUUGAUGCAGUGGCCCGUUCCUUGGGAAAUAACUUCAGGAGCAUAUUGGCAGUCCCUCCUCAGCUCUUGGCUGACCCUCUGUACGACAGCAUUGAGGAGCCCCCGCCCCCUCGACCCGACCACAUAUAUGAUGAGCCCGAGGGAGUGGCUGCCCUGUGCCUUUAUGACAGCCCACAGGAGCCCCAGGGUGAGGCCUGGAGGAGGCAGGCAACAGCUGACAGGGACCCCAGUGGCCUCCAGCAUGUCCACCCAGCCGGGCAGGAUUUCUCUGCCUCUGGCUGGCAGCCAGGAACCGAGUAUGACAACGUCAUACUUAAGAAAGGCCCGUAGUGACAGAGGCCGCAGCCCUGUCCCUGGCUUCUGCUGGUGACUCCUCAUGGCCACAGCAUCAGACGACCCUCCUCUGCCCCUCUGGAGCCCGAGGCCUGGCCUGCCUUCCUUGGGGCUGAAACACUGCCCCUCCCAGGGCCUGCUGGGUGAGUCACCAUCCCAAAGCAGGAAGGGUGCCCUGGAGGACCCACCCUCCUCCCACUCUUUUUCCACUUCCUCCUCUUUCUUUCCCCAGCUGAGGGGGAACCUGGGGCAUUUGGGGCAGAGGACAAAAGGAUGUCAGCAAUUGCCUGGGCUGCUUGGCUGUGCAGGCCUCCUGACUGCUGAUGGCCACUUCAGGGACAGCCUGGGCCCAGGCACCAAGGUGGGUGGCGGUAGCUUCCUCAGCUUUCAGAUUUCUCAGUGGCAUUAAAGCAUUUU